AUGUCCGCUUUCGCUUUCCUGCCGCCUGUCCAAGAAGAUCUCCCUCACCACGUCUCGCCGGCUCGUACCAUCACGUGGACGCCGGUGGACCCUGCCAACACGCGUCUUCGCUGGACGCGUUCAGAUGCUGCUGCCAAGGCCAGCCUCGCACAUCCCACGGAGCCCAGCACCAAGUCUACUCCGUUUCAGCCUUGUCAUCUCGCCGAUGAAGACACUGUCGCCGACAGCGCUGCCAGCGCGCCACCGACCGAGGUCAUCGUCUGCUCCAGAGAUGCUCAUAGAGCUGCCAGCUGCAGCGAAUGCCUGGCAAUUGUACUAUAUUGCCCUCCAAGAGCGCAGCAAGUAGAGCUAAAGCUUGCCUUUGCUUGCCCCGACGUCGCGGCUCAAGUCCAGAAGGCCACCACUCCGAUGGACACGCCCCCGUCCGAUCUCACUGCCACGUCAGCUUACCACGACAUGACUAUCGUCGUAUUUACCGACAAGCGGGCCACGUUCUCAAAUCCACGCUCCGAAGAACCCCCGGCUGCCUCGACCAAGGAGAUGUACGCGAGGCUUCUCAUGUUACAGACGGCGAACGCCACCUCAGUAGCCACGGCCGUCCUACACGGGCUUCGUACUGACGCCACCGUUGCUGCCAACGUGGUGGAUGACGAAACCUUCAAGCACGAUGUACAAGACGAUGCUCGAGCUACUCGUCGAUCUGUACUCCCCAGCCGACUCCGCAUCCAGCGGAUACAGCCACGCGUCUACGACUUCCAACGUGAGUCCAAGUCGAUGGCCACAACUGCGGGCACCAAGACCCGCCGAGCGACUCAUAGCAGCACCACCCCAGCAUCCACACACAAGCGUUCAGCCCAGAAGAACAAGAAUGUCGCGUCCAGGUUGUUCGACUAUCUUAAAGACGCCACGUAUCUUGGCCACCGAGCCGAAUGCAAGGAGCGACGUAGCCAAGCGAGCGCUACCAUCACCGAGCGCCGGUGGCUUUGAACGUGAAGAACUUCCAGCUUCUCCAUCCACUCGGAGCUCCACAUCCAUUGUAGC